AAAAUUUAUUUCUCGUCACUUUUUCCUUCGACGUGCGGAGACAACUACUGUCUGUACAUAAACAGACCCAAAAUCUUCAAUUGAGAGUGACAGUGACACACUGUCGAUACUCCCUUGUUUUCUGUCUAGACCAUGGCUCGUGAUCUGUUGAGCAGCGAUGGCUCCGACAGCGAAGACGCCAGCGCCGAAGUGCAGGCCGGCGAACUCAAAGUCAACGAGGAGUUUGCCCGACGAUUCGAAUACAACAAGAAAAGAGAAGAAAUGCAGAGACUGGAGGACAAACUAGGCAAGACGACGACCGGAAAACGCAAACGAGACGACGAAGACGACGAUACCUCGGACGACGACUCGGAAUCGUCAAGCGAGACAGAAGACGAGGGCGAACUAGUGACCGAGACGAUCGACAAACAAAUCAUGGAGACGAUCAAUGCGAUUCGGUCAAAAGAUCCUCGCGUCUACGACAGCUCAGCCAAGUUCUAUACAGAGGAAGACGACGAGACUCAAACGCAACAGCCCAAGCCAAAGAAAGAAAAGCCCAUGCAUCUUCAAGAUUACCAUCGACAAAACCUGCUCAAUGGCAUUACUACAACGGAAGAAGAAGACCAGGACGCGCCAAUGACAUACACUCAAGAACAGGAACAUUUGAAAAAGUCGAUUGUCAGCGAAAUCCAUGCCGCCGCCGCCGCGGAGUCAGAGGAAGAAGCAGAGAAGGGCGACGAUGAUUUUCUCGUCGCAAAGCCAAAAGAGAAGCAGUCCCAAACAGAGGCCAAGCAGCAGCAAGUGGUCACUCUUGACGUGGAAAACGCCGACAAAGACCCUGAAACGUUCCUGUCGAAUUUUAUGGUUUCCCGCGCUUGGGCGGCGCCCACCGACCCCAACUUGCAUCCCUUCGAGUCUGACGAUGACGAAGAAGAGAGACGAGCAGACGAAUUCGAAGAGGCAUAUAAUCUCCGCUUCGAGGAUCCCGAAAAAUCCAACGAGAAACUCCGUUCACACGCGCGUGACUUGGCAGAGAAAUAUUCCGUCCGAAGAAAGGAAGUCAAUCCACGCCAAAAGAAGCGAGAGGCCGAAAAGGCGCGCAAGGAAGCCGAGAAACAACAACGAAAGGAAGAAAAAGCCCGUCUCCGCAAGUUGAAGAUCGAGGAACUGGAAGAAAAAGUCAAAAAAAUCAAGCAGGCUGCGGGCCUCAAAACCAAAGACAUCCGUCCCGAGGAUUGGGCUCAUUUGGUCGAGGAGGACUGGGACGAUGCCAAAUGGGAAGAGGAGAUGCAGAAACGGUUCGGCGACGAAUAUUACGCCGAACAAGAGGCCGAAAGCGACGAGGACAACGAUGAAACAAACUCCGACAAAAAGAAGAACAAGAAGAAGAAGAAAAUUCGCAAACCAAAAUUCGACGACGACAUCGACAUCAAGGACAUUGUCCCCGACUUUGAGGAGGAAGAAUUACAAAAGCCGGCAAUCAGUCUGUCAGACGCGGAUGAAGGCGAAGCCGAAGAUGAAGCUGAAGCUGAAGAUUCGACAGCCGCCCAAAAGAAAAAGCAAAUGAAGAAAUCAGAACUCAAAAAACUCAAAGAAGAAGAAAAGCGCGACGCCAAAAAAGAACGCCGGAUCAUCGAACAACUCGUCGACCAUCAAUUGCAGUUCGAACUCGAGAGCUCGUUAUUGCCAUCGCAGAAGAAGCAGAAGCAAGCCGCGGGCGGCUUCCGAUACCGCGAGACAUCACCGAAGAGCUUUGGUCUGACGGCCCGUGAUAUCCUGUUGGCCGACGACAAGCAGUUGAAUGAGUUUGCGGGACUCAAAAAGCUCGCUUCGUUCCGCGAUCCGGAGAAGAAGCGUAAAGAUGCCAAACAUUUGGGCAAGAAGGCCAGGUUGAGGAAAUGGCGGCUCGAGACUUUUGGUAGUGAGGAGGGCGUGCAGGCGAGCGAGUUGGUUCCUGCGGAGCCAAAACCGCAGCAAGCUGAAGCUGGACCUAAUGCUGAAGCUGACGAUGAGACCACGACGGUCGAUAUUCGUACAUCAGGCAAGAAGAAGCGGAGAAGAAAGAAUAAGAAUAAGACGGCAGCGCAGGAAACUGAGGCAUGAUGCACGUGUAUAAGAUCCGGUACGGGUACAGUACUGUACUUGGUGCCUUCUUAGGUAUUUCACUUGAGGAUGCUUUCACUACCUACCAGUAGGUACGUAAACUAGAGGGGACACGAACUGUCACGCCAGGGUUGGGACUCGUCCGGUGGUACUGGUACGGCCGAAAAUGACUUUACUUUUUCCUCCAGAGUAUUCUAGACCUUAAAGUUGAUCAUCUUGGUACUGUAUAUACAGCUGAGGUAUACGAGGAGGGCGGCGCCCGCGCCAGUAACCAUUGCAAUCGUCUCC